AUGCCACGGAAAAAAGACAGACGGCAGAAUUCGUCGUCAGCCUCCUCGAGUCAGCCGUUUCCGCCGAUGGAGAGUGAGAGUCAGAGUUCGCCGUCGCAGACAGCAGCAGCAGCAGCAACAUCAACAGACCGGAGUCCGCUCGAGGACAACGACUAUCGUGAGGACGACGCAGGGCAGGAAAAUAACAAUAGCAAUAAUACAUUCCACGGAAUGGACAGUGGCAAUGGCAAUGACAACAACAAUGCGGCCGCAGAAGUCGACGCCGGAAUCGAAGUCGAAGAUGAGGCAGAUUUCCAAUCGCAAUACUCGCUCGACAACGGCUCCUUGGGGGAAGGAGGAGGAGGAGGAGGAGGAGAGUCGACGACGGCGUCGGAUGAGGAGCUGGAACUCGAACUAGAAGAGGAACUAGAAGAGGAAGAGGAAGACGACGAUCAAGAUCAAGACAAUGCAGCUGGUCGGAACGAUGACAACAGCAACGUCGCAAUGCAUCGUCCCUUCAUGCAGUCGACCGGCUCGCUCAACGGCCCCAACAACGCCUUUGCGCCGCCCUUCUACAACCGCCCGCCGACGCCGCUCCCGCCGUCGCCGUCGCUGACCUCCCUCCUGCGGCCGCCGUUCUCGACGACAACGUCGCGGCCCACGACGCCGGACACGUCUGACGCCGAGACGCCCAACGACACGGAGGCGGCGGUGGCCAAGUCGGCGCGGCAUGCGACGACGGUGCCGCGGGCGAGUCCGAAGGUGCCGACGUACGAGUACUACGGGUUUGUGCUGUAUUUGGCGUCGUCGUUUGCAUUCUUAAUCUACCUCCUCUGGUCGUACCUCCCCUCACCCUUCCUGCACCAGCUAGGCAUCUACUACUAUCCGAACAGGUGGUGGUCGCUCGCUAUCCCGGCGUAUCUAGUCAUGACGAUCGUGUACAUCUACGUGGCGCUCGCGUCGUACAACACGGGGUACUUAACACUACCGAUGAACAGCAUCGAGAACAUCGUGGACGAGGCGGCCAACAUCGCCGUGAUAGACGGCAAGGGGCGCCGCCGACCGGGUGGAUCAGAGAAGAUGAAGCCCGGCGCAGCGACGUCGCAGACGAUGGGCGCGGUGCAGAACCGGCGGCCCUCGAACUGGAACUGGAAGGACAUCUGGAGUGAGGGGACGGACGCGGUGAUGGAUAUCCCUGUGGGAGGGGUCUGCGAGGUGUUGUACGGGCAGGAGAGGGAGAGAGAUCCGGAGGAAGAGCAGGCUGAGUCGGAGAGCAGUACGAGUCGGCGGAAUCAUGAGUUUUCUUCUGAUGCGCAGGGUCGAAGUCGAUAUGCAUUCAGCAUUGAUCAAAAAGACCAUGAAAUAACUGUAACUAGAUGA